AUGUGGACGGUAUCGGGUCACCGACUUCACAAGGUGCGGAAACAACCCUCUCCGCUCUCUCCAACAAAAGACCCAUUCUACUUGCCUAAAACUGACUGGCAAAAUGCCAAGCCAGGCGACAUUCUUGCCACGCGCGAAAUUCAGGCUGGCUUUACGCAGUUUCAAAAGAUUGACCUUCAGGCGGCGUACCAGAUCUUGUACCGCACGUCCGGGACAACGGAUGAUAACCCAUCAUUUUCUGUAACGACUGUGUUGGUGCCUCAGAACCCUCGCAAGAACAAGCUCGUAAUGAUCUUGCCAUAUGAGGACUCGAACUCACCGGAAUGUGCACCCAGUUACAAGGUCCAGCUGGGCACCCCUCUCGAUGUGAACCCUAUUCAAUCGGUGGAGGAGCUACUUUGGACGUCGGUGCUAAAUGAUGGAUGGAUAACGACUAUUCCUGAUCAUGAAGGGCCUCUAUCGGCAUUCUCGUCGAGCUUUAUUGAGGGCCACACGUCAUUGGAUGCAGCGCGAGCCACGCUGGCCUUUGACAAGCUUGACAUGGACCCCAAGUCGCCUAUCGUCGGUAUGGGCUAUUCGGGUGGUGCUAUUGCAGGCGGCUGGGCCGCGUCACUGAAGGACUCUUACGCGCCUGAACUCAAUAUGGUGGGCUGGGCCAUUGGUGGUACCCCCGCAAACCAAUCGGGCACCUUUUACGGUCUGGAUGGUGGUCUAUUUUCAGGGUUUGCGGCCGCAGGUAUUGCUGGCAUCGUGGAUACCUACCCUGAGGUGAACGACUAUGUGGGUUCAAUUAUUACCCCAGAAGGCAAUGCUGCGUUGCAGUAUACUCGCGAACGAUGCAUGUCUGAUAUUGUGAUGAACCUCAAAAAUGUGAAUAUUACGCAGCCAGGCUUUGUCAAAAAUGGCCAAAAGUUUUUACAAGAUCCUCAGAUCCAUGCACUGCUAGAGACAUUGUCCAUGGGUAGCAACAAGGACUUGACUCCCAAGGUUCCCAUGUAUAUGUACCAUGCCGUUCACGACGAAGUUAUUCCCUUCGACAAGGCCAACCAGACGGCCACGACCUGGUGCCAAAAUGGUGCAAACAUCCAGUUCCAGCAGUAUACGGGCCUAGAGAUGGGCCAUGUAUCUACAGAGGCUAUGAAUACGCCUUUGGUGCUCAAGUUUAUUCGCGACCGUAUGAGCAACAAACCAUUUGUCUCGGGGUGCAAAUGGGAAUCGGCAGACAACCCCCUCUGGCAGCCUGACAUUUUGGGCGCGCGACUUGUGGAGGUGUUCAACUCGAUUCUGAACCUCAUGGGAACCAAGGUGGGUCAAAGUGACGCCAUCAUUAAGGAAUCAAUUAAGAAUGGGACUUUCGUUGGUUAA